AUGGUGUACAGUGCAGCUGUGUUAUUUGGAAGCCCGUGUGUGGGGCCUCUUGUGGAGCAUCAUUUUGCACAUCUCCAAGCACUCAUGGUGCACUUGCCAUCCCCCAUGGAGGUGGACAACGAGGCUGUUGUGGACUUGGAGGAGGACGAAACAGACUGGGGAAGACACCUUUCCACCAUCAUUGAAGGUGCCCCAAGGGAUAUGGUGGGGGAACAGAACCUGUACCACUCAGAGGGGCUGUUGACGCACCUCUCAAAGUUCAUGCUGCCAUAUGCGGGACUGUGGAGUGGCAUUAUGCUGGGGGAUCUAGGCAGACACGGACAGGGGCAGGGUUAUACAGACGCCUCAAAACGCCAUACAAAACUGACCAAUUUUCAAAGACAAAACAUCACCAUGGCCAACCACACACAGGGGAUCAUGGAGAAGAGUCAGUGGGACCUGAAACAUCUGAGGUUCCAGUCGCGCAUCUAUAGCCGACUAGAUGAUGUGGUCCUGCAGUAUCAGGCUCUUCAUAAAUCUCUGUUACGAGAGUACAGAGAUACUGCAAGAGUCUUCAAUAUGAAGCAAAAGGCCCAACUGUCAUCCCCAAGCUCCACGUCUACAAAGAAAUCACAGAAAUCCCAGCUUCCCAGCAUCUAUGUCCACAGCCCUGCCUGCUCAGUCCGGCAGCUCGCCCAUGACCCCAUCCACAUCUCGCCGGGGCCCCGCAUCAUCAAGAAACCCAUCUGUGUUGGCUGA